AUUCUCCCCCGAUCACAGAAUGGCUUUCGACGUGGAAAUCGGACACACAAUAACUCCUUCAUACUUCGUACUGCGAUUGAUCGAGCUCAUGCUAAUGGCCGGGUCCUCUAUGUUGCAUUUGUGGACCUCGAAAAUGCAUUUCCCUCUACAGACCUUUCUACCCUGUGGCUUGAGUUGCAGUGUCUUGGAGUCGGUGGUCCAAUCUUUGAU